AUGGACGGCCUCCGUGUGGGCCCCGCCCGCACACAAUUGUUCGGGGUGCAGGCAAGCACCCUUGAAGAGGCGAUUCAGGUUGCACUCCAGUACAGCCAUCGCCAAGCGCGUACGCCGGCCACGACUUGGCCAGAGAAUUCGGCGCCAAUCAAUCGGGCGAAUACGGGCGGACCAGUCCCCAUGGAACUCGGGUCUGCCGAGCAGCGGGAUAUUCGCUGCUACGGAU